AGUUGGUUGAGGAGCUAAGCCCGUCCGCAGCGUCUCAGACCGAGGCGAAGACUGCCCUAAGCUCAAAUUGCUCGCACUGUCACUCCAUUCUUCACCUUUUUUGGCGGGAAACUCUCUCUCUCUCCCUCCCUCUCUCUACGAUCCAAUGUCGAGAUUUGCAGAGAUCACCUCUCUCUUCGCGGCACUAGCAUCCAAUCUCCAAACCCAAGAUCCGACGGCCACAAAUGAAGUCGACCUCUCUAUCUCUGAUCUAAACCGUUCGCUCAACCUGAGUGAAGCCCCCAGGGUUCGCAUUCUGGACACCGCCCUCUCUCUCAUGUGCUUCACUGCUCCACAGGUCUAUGAUUCGGUGAUUGAAUACACAGUAAAAACAAUUGUCACUAUAUUAUCUUCUUCUGUUGAGUGUACGGUGUUGAGAACCAAUGAAGAGCGGGUUUUGAGGGUAGGCGGAUUGGUUUCCAGAAGCGAUUGUGCCAAUGUUAUGGAAAGGUGUGCUGAUAUUUUGGGGAAAUUGGAAGGACGUAAAGAUGAUCUUUGUGCUUUGCUUUUGUAUGCUGUUAUCAGAGUGGCAGCUCUUAAGCCCUGCUUUCCGCGUCCAAUACGAUCAACUUCUAAUCUUGAAGUGAAGUUUAGUGAUUCCAGCACUUCUGCUCUUGCAAACUUAUGUUGCCAUUUGCCGGAUGAAUUCAAAGUGAAGGAUGGAGAAGUACCUUUAAGGUUGUUGUUAUGGCACUUAGAUCCCAUGAUUUUGAAGCAAGACGUAUUGCAAAUUCUGGAAGAAAUCAUUAAAAGGCCGUUUCUUCCACUAAGUAUGGAAUUUUAUGAUAGGACAGAGUGGAGAUCCAAAGUAAUUUGCCUUGUACUUUCCCCAUCAGUGUUUGUUGAGACAAGAGCCUUGUUGCAUGGGUGGUUCUUGAUGACGGGUUUGGCUUCUGUAAUGGAGCUUCAGAUUGAGUUUGUAAGGCAAGUGCUAGAUGUAAUUUCGAGACCAAUGUGGUGGGGCAUAUCCAUGGAAGUUGGGUCAAAGCUCCCAUUUUCUCAUGCAUAUUUUCCCCAGGAGCAUCAUUUAUUGAGAAUUUUGGCUGGACCUAUAUCUCAGGAAUAUUUUCAGAAUUUGAUUGACAAUAUAAGUGCUGCACGUUCUCACACUGGAGUUCAUUCAGUCACAUCUUUUAAGAAAGCUGGAACCAAGAUCAAUAUAGUAGAUCACAAGUCUAUGUGGGCUAUGGUGAUGAACUUCCCCGGUUGGUUCUUUUUUGCAUCUAUGUUGCUCUUUUGUGAUAACAGUCCUGUAGAUAGUUUCCAUUUCGGAUCCAUCCCUGGGUCAAUCAAGCGUUAUCUAAUGCCUGAUGCAGAAGUAUCUUCUUCCACAGCAGCAGCAAAUGUUAUUGCAUGGAUUUUGAACCCCAUCAGCGAAUCUGAUCAAUAUCUCAUCGUUGAUCAUCUAGUUAAAGUUUCAGAAUUAUGGACUCUGAAGUGCUCCAGCUUAAGUGAAUGUAAUGACAUAAAAAGGGUUCACAUGAAGGAAACUAGUAGGCUUAAAUUACAUGAUAAGGAUGGAAUAACUUCCCCUGAGCUGGAUGGUUGGACAGUUUGGCUUUGGCUCAAGGAAUUUAGAGACAUGUACAUUGAGGUUUUUGGAAAAAGCGUUCACCUUAUGACUUCCAAUACAAAAAAAUUCAGCAUUCACCAAAACAUGUUGUUAAGGAGGAUCCCGUUAGGCAUCUUGCUUGUGUAUGCUAAUCACCUGAAUGCAGCAGGAUGUGCCCUGCUUUUGCACUAUGCUGCUACUGGGACUGUCCAGAAGUUUUCAGAUAAACAAAAUUCUGGAUGGAAAUAUGAUCUGCAGGGAAACUCAAUGACAUGGAUUGAACAGUACACGGAAGCUGAGGCUAUUGCAGGAUGUAAAACUGUCUUUGAUAUAACAGAUGUAACUGAAAGGAUUUCUCCUUCUAUGUUUGAAACUGAAGAGGAGGGACUGAAUUUUGUCUGCCAACUGAAAUUGAAGAGUGGUAAUUAUUUCUUGAAGUGUAUCAAAAGAUUACUUCAAGUUAAAUUUGAUGGAGACGGCCUCCAGAUGCAAAGAGAUCUUCUCACUAGAGUAAUCAGGUGGAGACAUCAAGGGAAAGAUGUUUUUCAAAAUAACAAGGAUCUGGAUUAUGUAUGUGAUGCUUUGAAUGUGUAAUAGCUUCCUUGUCUGAGCAGAAAGACACGCUCUGCCUCUUAAAACCUUGCUGUCAUGUAAUGAGUUCUGACUGCUAUAUUUGCAGAAGUGUUUGCAGCCUCGAUAGAUCUGAUCUGUGUGUAUAGAUGUAAGACAGUCCCAUGUAUGAAAUUGUAGAUAAGAAAGUUGCAACUGAGAGAUUGAGUUAUUGUUAAUGUCGAUCUCUUUCUCUAUUUGUAGGGUGGUCUGGCUAUUGUGUGGGGAGUGGGGGAGAUAAUUAUGAUGAUGCAGAUUCUUUAUCUAUGCCUGGGUGAUACUUUAGUUUGUUAAGACUGGGUGCUCAUUUGAGACCUGAUACUUGAUCAUAAUUAC